AACCCUUUGGUUGGUGGCAACCAAACCAUCAUACCUUCUCUUGGUCCUGAUAAUAGAACAGAGAGUGUGUCAGCCUAUGAGGCUAGGUUGACAUUGGUACCCUCCCUUCCAGAGUAUGAAGGCGUAUACACCUGCCGUUCAGAGCUAAGCAACAAUUUUGUACAGAUAUCCAUCAAAUCUAGCAAUCCAUAUGUGGAA